AUGGCAUCGAUGAUUCGACUUGAAGACGUAGCCGAUGAUGAGGCCGUCUGUUCACAUAAGCUUUUGGCCGGACCGACGUGCGGGAUACAAGGAUGUCAUGAGUCAGUCCUGGCUCAGCAGAAACAGGAAGUCCAUCCCCUGAAUCCACCUGCGUCUCUGGGCAAGCACAAGGUCACUUUUGGUCCGGGAUUAGCCCCCUAUCCGCAACUGGGGACGCGCCACGUAGCCUCGCGGCUAACCGGCUGUGAUCCCUCUAGUGAAGGAUAUGUGGAUAUACGUGGAUCACCGUCAUAG